AUGGGAGGUGGGAAAAAGAAAAAGGAGCUACCUCCAUCAGUAGCAACGUUAUUCCGCACUCCAGGAGAAGCGCAGAGGCCUACCCAAUCCGACCACGAGGAGGACCAGGGAUCUGAUUCAGAAUGGGGCGCCCACACACCAACACCCUCGGCCCCUCUCACCACAGCGAGCGAGGCCACAGCAGACAUCAAAACCCAUGUGGCCGAAAAAAUCAGCAAGCAACUAACAGGUCUCCGGGCGGACAUGGAAGCAUUGACUACCCGCACUGACCAAACAGAGGUACGUCUAACCACCCUGGCGACAGCCUCCACAGCACAAUCCCAGGAGAUCUCCUACCUCCAUGGCCGCCUAACCGCAUUUAGGACUCCCUAG